CCUAAUACCCUUUCAGCCUCUUUUUCCUUUCAAACCCGUGAUCACAGGCUCCCACACCAACUCUCCGUCUCUGUUGUUUCUGACGCUUGCCCACGAUCUUCAACACCUCACACCGCCAUGGAUGAGCUUGUUGGUAUGAAUUUCCUACCGCCGCGACUUGGAGUCUGGAGACUUGGACUCUUGGAGCACAGAGGCGCAGAGCAGUCCGACUCAGCGACCCGGCGAUCUGUAAAAGUGCAAGGCUGGAAGCCUGGAACCAGCAACCGAUCUCCGGUAGUCCGGUCUCCGAGCUCCCCACCGCCACCAGCAACCCGUCUGGGCCGUCUGGCUGUCUCCGUGAUUUGCAGAAAUGAUAUAAUUGCUUGGCCUAUGGAGUAUGGAGUAUGGAUACUGAUUAACUGAUGGUGACAUGGUGUAUUGAUGUUGAUGAGUUGAUGUUGAUUACUUGAUUUUAAUAAAGUUUGUAACUUUGUAUGAUUCAUGAUUCAUGAGGAGAAGGCCUCAGACCUCAGAAGCAGAGGGCCACAAUUCGUUUGAGAAAGCUUGAAAAAAAAUAAAGGUUCUUGCAUUGCUGAAAGUCAAGACACUGGGUCUUCGGCAACCUCAUCAAGAUUUGCAGUUGGCCAGUUGUCUACUUAUCUGGCCUCAGGCCUGCAAUUUCAAUAUCAUCAACAGGUGCUUUCUGCAUUGAAUUUGGAAGUUCACUUUUGAGUAAAGAAAUUGACAGCUUUUUGUGUUAGACAACAUUGGUUUUUGUACUUGGGAAUUGUAUGGCUCUGGAGGAUAUUGAAUAUGCUGCCAUGUUCUUUAUUUGGCUCAUUUGCGGAGUAUUUGAAGGAAGCUUGUCCUUUUCUUUUGCUAGGAAAUCAAUGGCUAAUAAUUGUUACUUCAUGUAAUUUGAUAUCUGCAGGCACAUAAGGUUAGAGAGCUUCAUCUUUUUUGCAUUUUCACCCAUUAUGAAGUUGCAUCGACAAAGAAUUUUUUUUUUUUUUAAAAGGUGGACUGCAUUGUGUUCGACAAGACAGGGACUCUUACAAUUGGGAAGCCACUGGUUGUUAACACACGACUCAUGAAAAAUAUAGUGCUUCGAGAAUUCUAUGAACUUGUUGCUGCAGCUGAGGUUAACAGUGAACACCCCUUGGCCAAGGCCAUUGUUGAGUAUGCCAAAAAAUUCAGAGAAGAUGAAGAGAAUCCAGCCGGGCCAGAAGCGCAUGACUUUGCCUCCAUUAUUGGUCACGGGGUGAAGGCUAUUGUUCAAGGCAGGGAAAUAAUUGUGGGGAACAAGAGCUUGAUGGCGGACCAGAACAUUGCAGUUCCACUCGAUGCAGAAGACUACCUAGCAGAAGCUGAAGGGCUGGCUCAAACUGGGAUUCUAGUAGCCAUAGAUGGAGAAGUGGCUGGAGUUCUAGCAAUAUCUGAUCCACUGAAACCAGGUGCUCAAGAAGUAAUUACCAUACUCAAGUCAAUGAAUGUUAGAAGCAUAAUGGUGACAGGUGACAAUUGGGGAAUUGCAAAUUCUAUUGCCAAUGAAGUUGGUAUUGAUACUGUUAUAGCCGAAGCGAAACCUGAUCACCAGAAAGCAGAGAAAGUGAAGGAAUUGCAGGCUUCAGGCUACACUGUGGCGAUGGUGGGAGAUGGCAUCAAUGACUCACCAGCACUUGUGGCGGCAGAUGUAGGAAUGGCAAUUGGUGCUGGCACUAACAUUGCAAUUGAGGCAGCAGACAUUGUGCUAAUGAAGAGUAGGUUUCCUCUUUAUUUUCUGUAAGAAAGACAAGUUUAUAGAGGGAACUUGUCUCAGAUAAUUGGAGUAAAUUGAUCAAUAUAUGGUUGAGAUUUUUUGUUUCCAGUA